UUCAAGUUCUUUUCCAAUUCCUACCACUCCUUCAUGUCCACAGACGAGCAUUCGCCGCUUUUACCGCAUCACAAUGGCUUUGUCCCCUUUAGCCAAAGUGUCUUUUCCCUAGUCAAGGCUGAAGGCGAACCGACCUGGCUGGCAUCCCUCAACUACUUUAUUUUCGGAACUUAUCUCAAUGUUCUCUUAAUAUUCGUUCCAUUGAGCAUUAUCGCUCACCAUCUCAAUUGGGAUGCUGCUCUGCGUUUCUCGUUCAGCUUUCUAGCAAUCGUUCCUUUGGCCAAGUUGCUAGGCGAAGCCACGGAUCAAAUGUCCGCAAAACUUGGCCAAACGGUCGCCGGUUUGUUGAAUGCAUCUUUCGGGAACGCCGUUGAAAUCAUCGUCGGCAUUGCUGCUCUUAUGCAAGGCGAGCUGCGCAUCGUUCAGACUUCAAUGUUGGGUUCUAUACUAUCAAACAUUCUGCUCGUUUUGGGGUGUUCAUUUUUGGCUGCCGGUUACAAGCGCCCUGAGAGUGAAUUUCAAGUGACGGCAGCACAAGCUUCAAGUUCCUUAAUGACCCUGGCAUGCAUCACGCUUGUUAUUCCUGCUGCUUAUAAUAGCACACAAUCAGAAACAGCUUCUUCGGCGAGUGGUUUGCUGGUUAUUUCAAGAGGCACCGCAAUAGCGCUCCUCCUUGUAUACUGUGCUUAUUUGUACUUUCAAUUGAAGUCCCAUGCACAUCUGUAUGAAGCAACAAGCAAACAAGAACCAGAAGCGCAGAAAAUGAGUGUCAUCGCAGCCUCAAUAGCUCUGCUCUCGGUCACCGUCAUUACGGCCUUCUGUGCUGAUUAUCUGGUUGCCUCCAUCGAGGAAACUGCGGCGCGCUAUGCCAUACCGAAGGCGUUCAUUGGUCUGAUACUCCUUCCGAUUGUGGCCAACGCCGCUGAGCAUGUUACUUCGGUCUGGAUGGCGAUGAAGAACCAAAUGGAACUCACCAUCACGAUCUGUGUUGGCAGUUCCAUUCAAAUCGCGACUUUUGUUGUUCCUCUCUUGGUAAUCAUAGGAUGGAUCUCCGGACACGAAUUGACUCUUUUCUUCGCUAACUUCGAGACAAUCAUUCUUUUCGUCUCUGUCAUCCUAGUCAACACUUUGAUUCAGGAUGGAAAGUCCAACUACAUGGAAGGUCUUAUGCUGCUAUCCCUCUACUUUGUUAUUUCACUUGCAUUCUGGGUCUCUUAA